GGAGAGAGAGAGUGAGGCGGCAGCUGGAGAGGACGGACGGAGGGCUUCAGUGGAGAAGAAGGAGUCCAGAGAACAUGACGGAGACCAGGGAGUUCUGAGGAGCACCGAGGACCAGAGGUGGUGAUGGGAAACACAGACAGUCAAAGCAGCUUCGCUCCCCCUCCAAAGUCCUCCUCGUUCCGGUUCUCGUCCAGGAGGGACGAGGUUCCGUCCGCUCGCGGCUGGUGGAACAGCAACAGGAGUCAGGGGACGAGCUACGUGAAUCAACCCGCCUCCUGGAAGUAUGACUCCACCCCCAACUUGAGGGUGUCCUCACAAGUUCCUGUCCAGUUCGGCAACGGACUUAACGGGACAUCCCUGCCAAACGGCGGCGGAGGCAGCCCUAAGGUGCUGCUCAGCAAAGAUGGCAGCAUGCGAGUGGAGUUCACCAACAGCAGGGUUGCCGUGGAGACGCAGGGACUGACCACGUCGUCUGGGACCGUUGGCGCCGGGCCGGACCCCUCCCUCCGCACCAGCAAGGGCAGCUCGCUGAGCUCGGACGGCUCCUGGUACGACUCGCCGUGGGGGAAUGGCGGCGAACUGAGCGACAACGUGUUUGUGUGUGGACAGAAUGUGGACAACGGCAGCGGAUUCAGCUCCUACUGCUCCGCCUACCACUCCUUCUUCUCAGCAAAAGUGGACGACAUCUCACCUGGAGGAUACAGCACCUGCUGCUCGGGACGGACCGAGGACAGCGGCAUCGGGGACUCUGUGAUCCUGCAGCCGGAGCCGGACCUCAGUCUGGCUCCGCCUGUCGCAGACGUCUACACCAACCACAGCUCCCCGCCCGCCUUCCCCAUCUCACCUGAGCUCCUGCAGCAGCAGCUGACUGCCUCCGCCUCCGCCUCCGCCUCCGCGGCGCUGCUGGAUGACGUGAUCCUGGAGGAGGAGGGGUCAGGAGGAGGCCAGGACCACUACUCCUCCUGUACGCUACCCUGCCGCCGUACAGAGUCCACCAGCAGCAGGAAGGACUUCCUGAAGAGUCGAAUCCGGCGUCUGAGCGACUGGACCGGAAGUCUGAGCAGGAAGAAGAGGAGGAUCCAGGACUCCUGCAGUGGAGACACCACUGUGGACUCCAGCAGGUUCUGGUCCUGUAAUCCUCUCCACAACCAGAACCAGUUCCCUCCGGUCUACUUCAGUUCCUCCAGGAGCCUGAACCAGAACCAGAACCAGCGCAGCAGUGCCAUCCAGCGCCAGAACAUCUAUGAAAACUUCAUGCAGGAGCUGGAACCGAGACGAAGCAGCAGCACCGACGAACUGAGCGACGCAUCGGAGGAGGACGAAGAUGACGAGGAGGAGGAAGACGAGGAGGAAGAGGAGGUGGUACGGGGGCAGCAGAUGGAGGUUCUGUUGGAGAAGGACCAGGGGGUGGUGAGGAGGGUGGGCUGGCUGUCCUUCAAAGCCCUCCUCACCCUCAACAAGGAGCGGAAACUGGAGCUGGUGGCCCGACGCAAGUGGAGGCACUACUGGGUCACACUGAAAGGUUGCACUCUGCUGUUUUAUCAGACGUACGGCAGGAGCGGCGGCGCCGACGUGGAGCUGUCGCCUCGAUACGCCCUUCAGGCCGACGACGGCAUCGUCCAGGCCGUCCCCGAACAUCCCAAAAAAGAACACGUGUUCUGUCUGAGCAACGCCCACGGGGACGUCUACCUGUUCCAGGCCACCAACCAGACGGACCUGGAGAACUGGGUCACCUCCAUCCACUCGGCCAGCGCCUCCAGACUGGCCAAACGCCAGGGGAAGGACGACACCGUUCGCCUCCUCCGAAGCCAGAGCCGCUCGCUGCUGCACAAGAUCGACAUGGACGCCAAGAUGAAGAAGAUGGCUGAGCUGCAGCUGUCCAUCAUCAAGGAGCCCAAGAACCGGAAGGCGGUGGAGACGCAGAUCCAGCAGUGGGAGCAGAACCUGGAGCAGCUGAACCUGGACCUGUUCCAGACCCGCUGUUACCUGUCCAGCCUGCAGGGCGGAGAGCUGCCCAACCCCAAAGGCCUGCUGGCCAACGUCAGCCGGCCCUCCAAGAGCAUGCUGGGACGUCUGGGCGUCUUCUCUGUGUCCUCCUUCCAUGCCCUGGUCUGCAGUCGAGAUGAGGCAUCCCUCCGGCACCGUUGUCAGUCUUCAUCAGGAGGACGCGUCAGGAGACGAGGUCAACCUUCAUCCCUAAAGGUCCUGAUAGGACAGAAUAGACGCUGCGGAGACAACGCCCCCUCCGUCCCUCAGAGACCUGAGGGUGGGAGCUGGUGCGUGGAGGUGGCGCCCCCUGGAGGCCGCUCUGCACAUGCUCAGGUUCGUGAUGAGCAGACGUUCAGUGUUUUCACUCUGCAGUUCUGUCGACCCGACGCAGACACUGACUUUGGUUUCGCGGUGACGGGCCACGUGGACGGUUCCGGUCAGACCCGGGUCUUCAUCAGUGAAGUGGAUCCUCGUGGACCGUCGACCACAGAAGGCCUCAGGGCCGGAGACCAGGUCCUGGCGGUGAACGGGUCGUCGGUGUCCGGUCUGGACCUGGACCUGAUGCAGAGUCUGUUCAGCCACCGCAGACUGGAGCUGCUGCUGCGGAGGGACCGGUCACAUGACCAGCAGGACCCCGCCCCCCCAGCCCACUGGCCCACCCCCGCUGACCCCAGUGACCCCGCUGACCCCUGCCCUCCGCCGACCCCGGUCUGGACCACAGCUCCGUCCUCAUGUCCGUCGUCUCCUCCAGUCUUUGAGGACACGUGUCCACAGAUGUUGGACCUCAGACACAGCAACGCCUCCUCUUCUUCCUCCUCCUCUUCUUCCUCCUCCUCCUCCUCCUCUGCGUCCUCCUGCUCCUCCUUCUCCUCUGCCUCCUCCUCCGAUGGCGGUGGCGUCUCCAGGAGGAGACCCCUGACGAUGGGUGCUCUGUGUUGGGUGCUGCCCCUGGAGGAGAAGGAGGAGCAGGAGGAGGAGGAGUUCUUAGCGGGCGUCGGCCUCAGGGCGUUGGUGGACGAGGCUUCGUGUUGUUUCAGCUGCCGACGACCGAUCGACGGCUUCAUGUUUCUGGACACAGACCACAUGUCCUCGCUCUACCAGACCUUCCCAGAAUGCCGAGCGGCAGACGCGGAGGCGCCCAAGAACCCGUACGGCGGAGAGGCGGGGCUUCAGCCGGCGAGCCCCGCCCACCUGAGCGUCUGUCAGCGUCUGCGUAAAGUUAUCGAGGAGCUGGUGGACACGGAGAAGUCCUACGUGAAGGACCUGGUCCGUCUCUUCGACCUCUACCUGACGCCGCUGCAGCAGGAGACCUUCCUCAGUAAAGACGAGAUAGAGGCGCUGUUCGGCAGUUUACCGGAGAUGUUGGACUUCCAGAGGGUUUUCCUGCACACGCUGGAGGACAGGAUCGCCUCGUGUCCGAACCUCGGCAGCCUGGAGACGCCGGAACAGUUCAAGAAACUCCUCUUCUCUUUGGGCGGGUCCUUCCUCUACUACGCCGACCACUUCAAACUCUACAGCGGCUUCUGUGCCAAUCACAUCAAAGUCCAGAAGGUUCUGGAGCGAGCGAAGACGGACGUAAAACCCACACUCACACUGUUCGUGUUCCAGCGUGCCGUCGUCCUGAUCUACCGCCACAACAAACUGAAGAAGAGGAUGACCGCCUCACGCUCAGCUGAUCCGGACCCCUUCAGGUUCCGCUGGUUAAUCCCGGUCUCCGCCGUGCAGGUCCGACCGGCUGACAUCACAGGUGCGGAGAACCCGUGUACGUGGGAACUGGUCCACAGCCGGUCCGAGUCCGAGGGUCGACCCGAGACCGUCUUCCAGCUGUGCAGCAGCGGUCUGGAUUCGAAGGCGGUGGUUCUCCGAGCUCUGCGUACUGUUCUCAGAGACCACGCCCCCUCCGCCUCCCUGAGGAGGUCCAGACCGUCCACGGCCGAGAGGAGGCGGAGACAGCAGCGCCGGCGCCACGACGCCCACAGGACGGCGCGUCACCACGGCAACAGCCACCGACCCGCCUCGGAAACCUGCUCGGAGCCCCCGCUGCCCAGCCACGCCCCCUCCCCUCAGGAGGUCGCUGAGGGGGGGCGGAGCCGGCUGUGCUCGCUGACCGGAGAUCUGGAGGCGCAGCUGCAGAGGCUGAAGUUCAACACCGAGGAGGAGGAGGAGGAGCAGAGGAAGAGGAGGAGCCUCCUGGAGCUGAGCGGCCUCCUGGAGCGGGACUACAGCGUCCACAGCAUGGCCUCCAUCAUCAACGAGGACUGUUUCUAUGACAACGGCAUCAAGCACAACACGGCGUCGGCGCUGCAGGGACACGGAUAAGACACUGACGCCUGGACGAGUCCCAGACGAACACGUGCACGAGUCCCAGACGAACACGUGCACGAGUCCCAGACGAACACGUGGACGAGUCCCAGACGAACACGUGCACGAGUCCCAGACGAACACGUGCACGAGUCCCAGACGAACACGUGGACGAGUCCCAGACGAACACGUGCACGAGUCCCAGACGAACACGUGCACGAGUCCCAGACGAAGACGUGGACGAGUCCCAGACGAACACGUGGACGAGUCCCAGACGAACACGUGCACGAGUCCCAGACGAACACGUGCACGAGUCCCAGACGAACACGUGGACGAGUCCCAGACGAAGACGUGGACGAGUCCCAGACGAACACGUGCACGAGUCCCAGACUAAAUCCUGUCCCAUAUUUCAGCCACAUCGACAGAGGAGAUUCAUCCCAUAUUUGUCCAAAAAUCCACUUUCUUUGUCCUCGACUGUGACGGUUCUGUGUAAAUAUUCUGUGUAUUUUCUCCACAUUUCAUCAGAACAAAAGAAGAGAUUUUAUAUUUUUUAUUCCUAAACUCAUCUGUCAUUUUGUAAAAAAAAAAACAAAGAAAAAAAACAUUUUGUCUGUCUUUUUGGUUGUUGUAAAUAUUUGUAUGUACAGUUUUUUGUUUUUUUCAUGACAAAAGCAGCUGAAUGUGGCGCUGCUGCCUUCGAUGAACUGUUGUAUUUAUAUAUUUGGACUCAUUCCUUUUAUUUCCUGUUUAAGUCAUUUGGUAAUUUAUUUUCUUAAAUAUUUGAGUACAUGUUUUUGACAAUAAAACAGUAAAAAUAUUUAAUUUAA